UGCUCUCUCUCAGAAGGCGGUGCGUCAUGGCGAGCGGCGGUGGUGGAGUGGGUUCCCCGCGCGUAACCACAGAGCGGCGCGCUCCGAUGGACUACGAGGCCAAAGUGUUUCCUCUCACGGGAGGAUACGGCCGCUACAACCGCGUCGUGAUCAUCUUCAGCUGGUUCCCAAACUUUGCAGUUCUCCUCAACUUGUUCAGCGACGUGUUUUUUACGCUCAUCCCGGAGGAGUUUCACUGCAGACCCGACCCUCAGCUGCUGCCCUCCACUUUUCUGCUCAGUAACUUCUCCACACAGAGCUACCUCAACCUCACCAUCCCCUGGGUGCUGGAGACGGGCCGCUUCAGUCACUGUGAACUGUUCAAAUAUCCUCCAAACUCCUCGGACCUUUCAGACCGCGCGCCCCGGGAGAGAGUGGCCUGUACCCGGGGCUGGGAGUACCACCAGGCUGCGGGGCUCCAGAGCAACUUUGUCACUGAGUGGGACUUGGUUUGCAGCGACUACUGGAAAAUCCCUCUGCAGCACAUCUGCUUCAUGAUGGGAUGGAUUGUGGGAUACAUCCUCCUGGGGACGCUGUGCGACUGGUUUGGGCGGAGGAGGAGUUUCCUGUUGUCUCUGAGUGUGUCCAGUGUUUUGGGUGUGUGUGUGUGUCUGUCCAACAGCGCCGUGCUCUUCCUGCUGCUGCGACUCGCUCAGGGCUGUACGCUCGCCGGAGUCUACGUGUCCACGUACAUCCACAGGCUGGAGCUGUGCGAUCCCGCCCAUCGCCUCAUGGUGGCGAUGGUGAGCGGGUUCUUCGGUCUCUUCGCGGAGCUGCUGUUGCCGGGUCUCGCCGCUCUGUGCCGCGAUUGGCCGAUUCUUCAGGCCGUGGUCACGCUGCCGCUCAUCCUGCUGCUCGGAUACUGGUGCUGCAGCUCCGUGUUCCCAGAGUCUCCUCGAUGGCUCUUGGCCACGCAGCAGGUCCCAGACGCCAAGAAAAGCCUCCAGGACUUCAGCUCCAGGAACGGGAGUCCACUGCAGGACGAGAUGUUCCCUGGUCAGACUGUGCUCACGGACGUCGACGCCGCGUUCGGAGACGACUGUCGGCCGAGGUUCCACACCGUUCUGGAGCUGCGUCGGACUCGAGUCAUCUGGAAAAACUGCCUCAUCCUCAGUUUCACUUUGUUUAUCGGGACGGGGAUCCAGUACUGCUUCACCCGAAAUGUCCACAGCUUCAAUACAAACUUCUACUUCACGUACUUCAUCCGCGUCCUGACGGGGGCGCUAGCGUGCGUCUUCAUCUGUUUGUCUGUGAAUCACUUCGGGCGGCGGGGGAUGCUCCUUCUGUCGGCGAUUAUAACAGGACUGUCCUCGCUGCUGCUCCUCGCGCUCACUCCAUAUCUACGCGGGGGCCUGGUCCUCGUCCUGUCUGUGGUCGGGCUGCUCUUCUCUCAGGCCUUGGCGAUGCUCAGCGCCUUUUUUGCCAGCGAAGUUCUGCCAACUGUCGUCAGAGGGGGCUGCAUGGGGCUGGUGCUGGCGGCCGGUUGCGUGGGGAUGGCGGCCUCUUCUCUGAUGGAGCUCCAGAACAACGGCGGAUAUUUCUUACAUCACGUGAUCUUCGCCUCCUUCGCCGUCCUGUCCGUCCUCUGCAUCAUGCUCCUUCCCGAAACCAAACGCAAACCCCUCCCAGACUCGCUGAAAGACGGAGAGAGCCAGCGCCGCCCGCCCCUCUUCCUGUCCCGUUCGGAUCGGGACAGCCUGCCUCUACUACGCACCCGCGCCCCUCUGUCCGAAUACAACCCAGAUAAUUAUUCGCGUUUAGUUUCUGCCACGAGAAAGAUGCUGGCUAAAGACAGUUUGCCGUAUCGGAUCGCGGUGCCGCAGGGCCACGCCCCUCUGCUGUCGGACAGCGACGGUCCCGGACAGGACAAUGGGACGGUCAGAGCUGUGGCGUGAUCCUCCCGCCUCUGGUCAUCUGCACAUUAAACAAACUCAUUCUUACUGUGGACAAACUUUACCUCUGACCAUGAAGUGUCUUGAACAGAUACAGUGCACUUUACAUUUGUGGAUUUAAAGCUGCACUGUGGAACUUUUCAGGUGGAGAGUCUAAGGUCACGUGCUCGUCUUUAUGGAAAUGUUGCUAUUGAUUUUGCGUUUGUUUUUUUUAGUUUGUUUCUAUUGCAACAAAAUCCCCCAAAACGCUCCCCAAAUCCCCCGUCGUGCUGUACAUAAGUGUGCUCGCCUCUCCACAGAAGGGACCUGUAUAUUUGCUCGCUGGCGCCACCUGUCUGUCACCGUCGUCGUUUAUUCGGUAAAGUGUUUGUCCGUUUGGUGGUUUAAAUUCCGAUUUCGACAUAAACAUCUUCGGUAAACCUGUUAGAUCCGCUGACUCGCAGGUUGGCGGUUCGAUUCCGGCCGCACACUGCCGCUGUGUCCUUGAGCAAGACACUUAGACGCUUCACCCCCGUCGCCCCCUGGUGUCUGGUGUCUAAACGUGCGUCUGAAUUUGCGUGUAAAUGUGUAAUUGUGCGACUGUAAACUGCUUUGCGUGUCUAAAAGUUGUAAAAGCGCAGUGUAAAUACAUGACCACAAGUUUAAUGCCACAGUGCGAAACUUUCUAAGCAAAGCAGGUAUCGGCUCUUCCACCGGUAAAGUUACACAGUGCAGCUUUAAGUGUCUCAAACUUCAUGUUUUACACUGUUACAUCGCUGCGUUAUUCCUCAUGAACCAGUUUUGUUUGUUAUUUCUUUAAUAGAAAAUCAUCGAAAUGUGUUUGGUUUUUGGGGGUUUUUUUGUUGUUUUUUUGCAGAUUUGUUUAAGUUAAAAUAAUAAAUACAAUGUUCCGCAGGUUUAAAGCAGAAAUAGGAAACUCACGAGAUAUUUCCUGAAUUUAUUUGAGUCGUUGGGAUUAUUCCGUUUACGUUUAGGCUUUAAACUGCAAAUCAUCAGCGUCGAGAAUCAAGACAGAAAUGUGUAAAUGUCCUUUUUUUUUUUUUUUAUUUCAGCCAAACUACAUAAAUAUCUUAACUUGUCGUGUUAUUCUAGUUAUUCAGUGUUUUAUAAAUCCACUUUAUCGCAUUUCCUCUUGUUUUUUUUUGUUUUAUUUCAUCCAAACUACAUAAAUAUCUUAACUCGUCAUGUUAUUCUAGUUUUUCAGUGUUUUAUAAAUCCACUUUGUCGCAUUUCCUCUUGUUUUUUUCACAUGUCGAGCUCAAACUGUCCAUUUCACGACCGAACUCUGCUCUAAACAUGUGACUGGUGUGUGUCAUGAGCAGCAGCACUUUCCCCAUUUCCAAACGUCUCACACACUUUCCAUUGUGUGUGUGCGACGCCGCCGUGUCAGAGCUGAGAGGAGCUUCUCGUAGUGACCACUAGAGGGCGCUGUAUGACGCACUGGACACUCGGCCUUAAAAUCCACUCAUUUGAUUCAGUUUGUCUCAUUUGUGAAGCUCUUUGUGCCAAUUUAAUGUAAUUCUACCAAACACUGAAAGCAAACACAGAGAGUUUGUGUUCCUUUUAGUCUCAUUUGAAUGUUUUUUUAUUUUAUUUUACGUUAUUUUUUAUUAUUUAUAUCCACCCACAUAAAUAACAAGUGUGUUUUGCUUUUUGAUUGUGUUUUUUCUUCUUUUUUUUACACUCUCAAAGCCACAGAUGUGCUGCAUUUAUCCUCCAGACUGUGCAUCGUGGUGUAUUUUCUCUGCAUUUCCGUGCCUUAAAGCGUAGGUUCACUCUUUUCAUUAAAAUAUAAUGUGAAGCGCAGAGUAGGACGUCAUCUGCCUGUGAAUUUGAUUUGCUUCUGUGUAAACGUGACCUUCUGUGUCGUGUGCUGCCUCCAGGACACGUGGGAUUUUAGUUCAGGCGAUAAUAAAAUCCUCUGGCUGAACCAACACGAUUAGUUCUUUUGUUUUUCAAAUAUUGUCUGUUUUUUUUUUUACGAAUAAAUCAGCGUAAAACUCCUGC